CUUAGAGGAGCUGGUGAGAAUAUUAAUUCUCCUCGGCAUUAAAUUUGUUGUAAAAACAACAAAGUGGACUGAUUAACAAACAGGAAGUGAAAUUGAAAAGUUAGAUUUGAAAAUAAGACCAAACAACAUUCCUCGUGUUAUCCUCUGACAUUUCAUCAGUGUGUGAACAUGGAGGUUUGAAACGGACGAUGAAUGAAAGGAGGUGGGUGGGUGUGUGUGUGUGUUUGUGUGCAUGCAGAGGAUUAGCCACAGAAGUGUGUGUGUGAUGGAGGUGACAGUGUGGAUGUGAGCUGCAGAGUCGUCUUCAUGUACGGUCUGUGUGGCUGCUGCUGGGCGCUGCGGCCUCGCUACAAGCGGCUGGUCGAUAAUAUUUUCCCAGAAGACCCCGAGGAGGGUCUGGUGAAGGCCAACAUGGAGAAGCUGACGUUCUUUGCUCUGUCGGCUCCGGAGAAACUUGACCGUAUCGCUGCGUACCUGUCGGAGCGCCUCACCCGAGACCUGAACCGCCAUCGCUAUGGGUAUGUGUGUAUUGCGAUGGAGGCGAUGGAGCAGCUGCUGCUGGCCUGUCACUGUCAGAGCAUCAACCUGCUGGUGGAGAGUUUCCUCAGCACGCUGCGUCUGCUGCUCGAACACGACAAACCACACCUGCACAUGCUCGCCACCAACUCUUUUGUGAAGUUUGCAAACAUCGAGGAGGACACGCCGUCGUACCACCGCAGCUACGACUUCUUUGUGUCUCGCUUCAGUGAGAUGUGUCACUCUGAGGACGAAGACCCGGAGAUGCGGAACAAGAUCCGUGUGUCUGGGAUUCGUGGUCUGCAGGGCGUGGUCAGGAAGACGGUGGACGAUGAGCUGCAGGUGAACAUCUGGGAGCUGCGGCACAUGGAGCAGAUCGUACCUGCUCUGCUGGUCAACCUGCAGCAGCACACACAGUCAGACAGUGAGUCUCCAGCAGAGCAGACUGAGGUGUGUUUCAGGGAGCUGCUGGGACGAGCUGCUUAUGGUCACAUUAACAACGCAAUCCGACCUGUGCUGAUGCACCUGGACAGUCACAGUCUUUGGGAAGGACGAAGUUUUGCUGUUCAGUGUUUUCAGAUCAUCAUGUACUCUAUCCAGACUCAGCACUCUCACCUGGUCAUCCAGCAGCUGUUGGGUCACCUGGACGCCAACAGCAGGAGUCCGGCUUCAGUCCGAGCUGGGAUUGUCGAGGUUCUGUCUGAAGCUGCUGUGAUAGAAGCUACCGGAUCUGUAGGACCCACAGUACUGGAGGUGUUCAACACGUUACUGCGACAGCUCAGGCAGAGUGUUGACUACCAGCUGACUGGUUACUAUGACAACGCCGGGCAAAACAAAACAACGUCAGCUGAGGAGAAAACGCUGCAGGACGCUGUCAUCAAAACCAUCGGUUCUUUCGCCAACACACUCCCCGUCUACCAGAGGUCAGAGGUCAUGCUGUUCAUCAUGGGAAAGAUCCCUGUACCUGGAAUCUACCCCGCACUGGGGUCGCCCAAUGCUGGGUUUGAGGGCAGCAUAAUGAUCCAGGUGAUGUUGUUGAAGUCUCUCCUGCAGGUGUCUGAGCGUUAUGAGAGCAGUAACCUGCUGACGGCUCUGCCCUCGUCUUUCUUGGAGCCGCUGCUGUCCUUCACUUUGAUGGAGGAUCCAGAGAUCCGCCUCCUCGUCCUGUCCAUCCUCACCUCGCUCAUUGACCGACGCCAUAACGCUGCCAGACUCUCUGCUGCCAGUGUGACGUUUGAUGUUUCCCUGUUGGAGCUGAAGGAGGACAGAUGCUCUCGUCAGGACGUUCUGUUCAUCAGGAAGCAUGCUCAGCGUCUCUACAGGCACGUGUACCUCACCUGUAAGGAGGAGAGCAGUGGGUGGGGCCACUAUCAGGCUCUCAUCACCCUAUUGGCUGUCCUCAGUGUGGAGCUGUCAAAUGAGGAGUUGGUGGUUGAUCUGAUCCGGCUGGUGCUUGCUCUGCAGGAGUUGGCGUUGUCCAAUCAGGAGCGUCUGUCAGUGUUGAACCGUUGUGGUGUUCAUGCACUCUGCGCCGUCUUCUUCCACUUGCUGUCUCAGCUCGGUCCUCCUCCUCCUCUGCAGGAACACGUCACACAGGUGAUAGAGCGCCGACAGAAGGACGCUCCUCACCUGCUGCCACAUGACGUGUUCUGUGAAAACCCGAGUCUGCCAGAUGGUGAGCUGGAGGUGGGUGAAGACUUUCUGUUUGUCCAAUCUGAGAUCUGCGAGGCUCUGACAGGAAGCAGUUACAGCGCACAUGACGACCGCUUCAAUACACCGUACACACCUCAGCUGACAGAUGAAGAUCGUUUGUCUAAGAGGAAGAGUAUUGGAGAUGUUGUCUCUCUGCAGAUAGAUAUGAACCUUCAGAAUGGCUCUGACACACAGCAGAGGCCUGAGAUGGAGCAGAUCACUUUUGAGACGUUGAAGAACACGAUCGAGGAUCGGGGGAGUGUGGAGGAGGAGGAGCGUAGGAGGAUGCAGCUGGUGGAGAAGUUUCAGACGGCUCCGUUUGAGGAGAUUGCUGCUCACUGUGGCGCCCGGACGUCGCUGCUUCAGUCCAAACUGAACGAGGUGUUCGACCUGAUCAUCCGUCCUCCUCCCUCACCGUCCGGUCACUCGCAGCCGCGCUCCACGCCGCUUUACGAGAUGAAGUUCCCCGACCUCUGUGUUUAUUAGUGUUCAGUAUCCAGGUAGGAGAGGAGACAAGGAGGCAGGAGAGGAGACAAGGAGGCAGGAGAAGAGACAAGGAGGGAGGAUGCAGGAGACAAGG